AUGCACCCCGCUGCCGCCACGCUCUACACGCCCAUUUACUUUGCCAAGCCGGCCGCCGAGCCCGAGCCGCUGCGCCAAUCGAUUGAGCGCUUCUCCCCUGUCGUCGCGGGCGGUGGUGCCGACUGGGUCUCGUCGCUGGACGGGUGCGAAGCGCUCGUCGCCGACCUGAGCGGGUGCGACGCCACGGUCGGCGCGGAGGUGGUGUAUGCGCUGCACACCCGCCGCAUCCCCGUGCUCUGCCUGCGCCGCGCGGGCGCGUCCGAGCUGCCCGCAAUCGAGGCUCUGGAGCAUCCGCUGCUGACAUGCUCGGUGUACGCGGGCGCGGCAGAGGCGGCGCUCGCGGUGGAGCGCUUCCUCACGCCGCCCGCCCAGCCCGGCCGCAUCUUCGUCGUCGAGGGUGGCGACGGCGCGGGAAAGCAGACGCAGACGGCGAUGCUGCGUGCGCGGCUGGAGGGGCUGGGCUACCCCGUCUCGAGCAUCGACUUCCCGCACGACGCGGCGAUGCACGGCCGCCUCAUCCGCACCCUCCUCUCGGGCGCCAAGGGCGGCAUCAAGGCUGUCAACCCGCUGCUCUUCGCCUCGCUCUACUCGCAGAACCGGUUCGACGUGACGCCGCUGCUCACGCACUGGCUGCGCCGCGGGGACAAUGUGAUCUUGGACCGGUACGCGCUCGCCACCUUUGAGCACGAGUGGCUGGCCAUUCCCCGCGCGCACCGCGUCACCUACCUCGACCUGCCGCCGCGCGACGCGCUCGCUUCGCUGAGCUCGGACGGCACACGCGCCGCGCUCGACAUGCACGAGACGGCCGGCGCCGAGUACAAGAACGGCGUCCGCGAGACAUACCUCUGGUGCUCGCACCACUUUGAGCACUGGAAGCGGCUGCCGUGCCUCGCCGAGGACGGGAGCCGGAUCAGCAAGGAGAAGCUCAACGACAUGCUCUUCGCGUCGCUCGAGGCCGAGUUCGUCAACCGCAAGGACGCAUAG